AUGGCGUACACCACCUCCAGGCGCCGCGAGACGGGCAGCACCUCCAGCACCGUGGGCCGCCGCCGCACCGCUCCGGCGAUCGCCUACGGCUACUCCGACCGACCGUCGGUGAUGAGCAAUUUCGGCGACAAGAUGCCAUCAAAGACAAACUACGGAUAUUCAGGUUCCAAUGCUUUCUCUUCUGGCAGCAAGACGAAUGCCGCUAUGUAUGCAGCGGGUGGUGUUGCGGCUGGCGCAGUGAUGGGUGCUGGUGCCUACUAUGCAUACAACGAAAUGUACAACAACGAUAUUGGCUUCCACCGCCGUCGAGUUGCCUCGCACUACAGAGACACACGAUGCGGGCAUUGCCACUAG